AUGGCACUGAGACCAAGAAAGGACGGCACUCAGGGCCACGGGGGAAGCUCCGAUGUCUCUGGCUGGGAGACCCCUGGCGCGGGUCAGCCCUGGAGCCCUGCAUGUGGCCGGCAGGCUCGAAUUGGCCGAAGCGGAGACCCCCUUCCUCCAGCGCGACGUCAGGGCGAGUCUCGAGAGGCACGUCCAGGUAAAGAGGCUGCAGCACACCCUGGGGCUGCCCUGCAUCCUGCAGAGUGCUUUAAAGAUCUUCAUGCCCCCAGCACCGAAACCCAUCGCACGCAAGCCCUUGGGGGCAGGCAGGGUGGUGACGAUGCCACAGACCCUGCCCUUCCUGAGCGUCGGCUCCAGGACAGAGCUGGAGCGGCAUCUGCAAAGGAUGGUGCAUCUUAAGAGAUGGGGGCUGCCCAAGAGGAUCCAGGAGUCCCUGAGGCUGCUGAUGCCAGCCACACCUCCACACCCCCGGCUCGGCCCCCUGCCGUCUGGGAGAUGGGCUCCAAGGGGGCCAGGCCCAGUGACAAGGGCAGCCCAGAUGCCCGGCCUCAGAGCUAGAGCCCCAGCCCAGGCCUCCCAGGGCCCCGCCAGAGCAUCCAGAUCCGCGCCUGGCUCUCACUGCUGCAGAGACACCCGGGAGCUGCAGGGGCACAUUGCCAGGAAGGGCUUGGAAAUCAGACUAGGCGCACUGCCCGCCGUGCUGAGGAGCUCUCAGAAAAUGGCUGCCCUGGGGCGCAGAGACCUGCUCCUGCCUAAACUGAUCCCCCCAGGCUGCAAGGCCCCCCUGGCCCGCCACCAGCUCUGCCCCCUGCUCAGCUGCAAGGCGGGCAGCGUGGAGCUCAACGUGAGGCACAAGCACAUCCAGUACCUCUGGGCUCUCCCCACCCUGUACGCAGAGUCCCUGGCCAAGAUGGUGCCCUGCCCGCCCGUGCCACCCGCCCCCCUGCUGCCCCUGGGUGUGGCCAUCGAGUUCUGCCCCCUGGAGACCCCCUUCAUGGCCCCUGAGGGUCGGGAGCUGCUGGAGAGACAUGCCCUGAGGAAGUGGCUGCAGCACGAAUGGGGCCUGCCGGGCCUGGUGCGGCGAUCGCUGAGGUGUUUCAUGCCACCCACGCGCCCCAGGCCCAAGGGGAGCGACCGGCCGGCAGCCAUGGAGCUCCGUGUCAGCAGCGGGGCCCCUCCCAUCCCUCUGGCCACCAAGAGGGAGCUGGAAGCCCACAUCCGGCGCAGGGUGGCCGAGAGGAGGUGGGGGCUCCCCAGGAGGGUGCAGGAGUCCCUGCGGGGCUUCAUGCCCCCCACGACCGCAGCUCCGGGGACACAUCCAGACACGCAAGGCAGAAGGGCCAGCCAGCCGCUCAGGGGGCUGUCAGUGAGAAGGGCUCCAAGAGAAUCACCUUCCAGGGCGGCACCCGUGGGCCCCACAGCGGUGGCUGUCUCCUUAGCCGGGCUCCUGGGAACUGCAUGGCGCCAGCAGCUCAGCCGGGACACAUGCCACCAGCUGCUGGAGAGACAUGUGACCAGGAAAAACAUAGAGAUUCGUCUGGGCCUGAUCCCCCGCAGGGCCCAACACUCACAGGAAGCCGCCCGCUGGGUGGGAAAGCUCCCCUUGCCCCGGCUGAUUUGGCCGGGCCAGAGAUCCCUGGAGCUGCGGCCCCGGGAGCUGCUCUUCCUGGAGCAGGCGGCCUCAGAUCACCUGGAGCUCAACCUUCUCCACAAGCACCUGAGCUUCAGGUGGGGGCUGCCCACGCUCUACCGACAGUCCCUGGCCAAGCUGUUCCACGCAGGCCCCUCGCCCGCCCCGCCACCCUCCAGCUCCCGCGCAGCUGGGACCGAGUUCACGGAGCAGGAGCUGCCCUUCCUCCCACCGGGAGCCCGGGAGGAGCUGGAGCUGCAUGUCAGGAAGAAGAGGCUGCAGCACGAGUGGGGGCUGCCUCUGAUCAUCCACAAAUCCAUGCGGGGCCUGAUGGGGGCUGUCCCCCGCCCCGGCCAGCCCAAGGCCCCUCCACCGGCCGACAGUGACGUGGCCGUUCUCCAGCCCGAGCUGUCCUUCCUCAGUGAGGGCAGCAGACAAGAGCUGGAGCUCAGCCUCCGCAAGAGACUCAUGCACCGGCGCUGGGGGCUUCCCAGGAGGAUCCAGGAGUCGGUGCAGCUGCUUCAACCUGCCUCAGCGCACGCGGAGCUUAGGCCCCACGGCCCCAUGGAAAGGGAUGCAGAGGGGCCUUUCCUGCUGCCCUGGCACAAGAGCACCGUGCACCUGGAGCGGGGCGUGGGGAAAGCCAGGAGAGUGGUCGCUGCUCCCCACCCACGGCUCAGCCUGGGACGUGACGCUCAGGAGCGGCUGCAGAUUCACGUGGCAAAGAAAUGUGUGGAGACCCGGCUGGGGGCCGUCCCCGCUGCAGUGAGACGCUCUUGGCAAAGGCUGCAUCUCGUGUCCCAGCUGCCCCUCUGUGACGGAGCGAUUCUGGCGGGACCCAACUGAGAGUGCCAAAU